AUGACCUAUCCAACCCCCCUAACAACCCCCCUCCAAAACCCCCGCCUGCGCCUCCUCAACAAACUCCGCCAAAAUGCCUUCCCCCUAAUGACAUUCAUGGCCCUCCCCUCCGUCCGAAUCGCCCAGAUAAUCGCCCUAACCGGUCUCGACGCGAUCAUAAUCGACUGCGAGCACGGCCACAUCAGCGACGACUCCAUGCACAACUCCGUCGCCGCAAUCUCCGCCCUAGGCGUGUCCCCUAUAAUCCGAAUCCGAGGACCAACGCACGACAUCAUCAAGCGCGCGCUGGAUACAGGCGCACAUGGGAUUAUGGUUCCCCAGAUUAACAACGCCGAGGAAGUGCGGCAGGUUGUUGCGUCGGCGAAGUUUCCGCCGCAGGGAGUCCGCGGGCAGGGCUCUGCGUUCCCGGCUAUUGGACAUGGUCUUACGACGCCUGAGUAUAUGGUUUCUGCGAACGAGACGAUUAUCACGAUGAUCCAGAUUGAGACGCGGGCUGGGGUGGAGAAUGUCGAGGAGAUUUGUUCGGUUGAGGGCGUGGAUUUGGUUUUUAUUGGGCCGAAUGAUCUGGCGCAGAGUCUUUUGGGGUAUGUCCCCGCGCGGGGGGAUGAGCCGGAGUUUGUGGAUGCGGUUGAGAAGGUCAUAAAGGCGGCGAGGAAGUAUGGGAAGUGGGCGGGGAGGAUGGUCAAUAAUGGGACUGUUGCGAAAGAGGAGAGGGCGAGGUAUGAUACUGUGGCGGUUACGGGGGAUACGAAGGCGAUUCAGAAUUGGUACAUGGCUGAGUUUGAGAUUGCUAGAUCGUAG